ACUUCUUGUCGGGUUCAUUCAGAGGAGCAGUCCACUGUCCCGGGCGCUCGUCUCGGUUAAACAACACGCUGUAUUCUUUGUGUAUUUGGAGGACGAUCCGCGACAAGCCUGCAGACUCCUGAAUACAUCUCAUGGACUUGAUAAUCAUUUAACUUGUGUGAUUGUUCAGUCGAAUUUUGAGGACUGGACAGACUCGUGUGGCUGAAGUGGAUGCGAACUCCUCCAACUAGCCCCGUGUUUGGAUGGGAAGGUCCGGGUCACCCAUAGGGCAACAGGCGAACAGUGUCCUCAGGCAGAGACAGAGGGGUGAGUGGAGUGGAUACAAGGAUAGAAGUGCAGAUCAUUGUUUCCACCAACGAGAGAAUACCUAGAAUCUGGAAAAUAUGGGAACUGAGUCAAGGUGAUAAGAAGGAGGACAUCUUCAAAUGAACCAGGAAAAUAGAUGAAUAUCUGCAAUGCCACAUGGAAAGGCUGCGAGCUGCACCCUGCUCCUGUUCCUCUCCACCCUCCUUUCCACUCUCCUUUCCCCCUCUGCUCUGGCUCGCACUUACCCCCGAUUCUCCCGUAAUGACACAGUUUUCCAGCACCUGGCCCUCCACCCGGACCCUUCUGUGGGCACCGUGUACGUGGGGGCCCGGAACCACCUCUUCCAGCUGGACGGGUUAAGAGGACUACGAUUGGAGCAGGAGGAGAUUACAGGCCCUGUUAGUGAUGGUAAAGACUGCUUCCCGCCUAUCACCGAGACUAGCUGCUCUCACGCCGGGAUAACCAGCAAUUACAAUAAACUACUUCUGCUAGACCCGUAUGCGCAAGAACUUAUCACCUGUGGAAGUGUUCACCAGGGGACAUGCCAAAAGAGAAGCCUUGCCUCCAUCAAGAAAGUUAUAUUCUCCACCGAGCGACCAGUAGACACCCAACAUGUAGCCGCCAAUGACGAGCAUGUGUCCACAGUGGGGUUGGUUGUUCGACCUCAUGCAGGGGGCAGAACUGUGAUGUACGUGGGAAGGGGCUACACGGCCAACCACCCCCCCAUAUCCACACGUCACCUGUCCUCUGAGCCAGUGUUCUCUUACGAAGAGACAGCAAAGUUAGCGGUAGCUGGGCGGCUAGCAGAGUACGACCACCAUUUUGUGUCUGUGUUUACGCGACACAGCUACGUGUACUUUCUGUUUUAUCGGCGGGAUAUACAGGCGGGGUCAAGGGAGUACCGGACCUACGCUGCCAGAGUUUGUCUAGACGAUACUUCCUACUACUCCUAUGUUGAAGUGCCUCUGGUUUGUAAGUCGUCAUCAUCUGCCUCUAGUAGGAAUUUCAACCUCCUCCAAGCUGCUCAGGUGGGUCGUGGGACGGGCAGGCAGGGUGACCACUUGUUGGGGGUGUUCUCCUCUCGUCUGAGCUCCUCACACUCCAGCCCCUCGGACCCCUCUGCUCUGUGUGUGUACCCUCUGGAGGAGCUCGACCUGCACAUCAACUCCACCCGUAACCUGUGCUACACACAGGACGGGCGCACGGACCGGGGACAGGAGGUGGCCUACAUCGAGUAUGAGGUCAAGUCCAGUUGUGCCAACCUGCCUCCGAACACCCUGAAUGCGUACCCAUGUGGCUCAGACCACACCCCCAGCCCCAUGGCCAGCCGCUCCCCCGUGGAGGUCCGGCCCGCAUGGAGCACCUCCGCCUCACGUCUCACUGCGGUGGCCGUCAGUGUCAGGGAAGGACACAGCAUCGCCUUUCUGGGAGACGCCCGAGGAGCGCUGCACAAGGUUUAUCUAGGACAGAAUGGAGAAGUGGAGGUCUACGCCAAUACCGUCAUCCAGGCCAAUUCUCCCAUCAGCAGUGAUCUUCUUUUGGACCCCAAUGGAGGACACAUUUACAUCAUGACUCAAAACGCUGUCGAGAAGCGCCCAGUGGCUGAAUGUGGAGAGCACACAGAUUGCCAGUCCUGUCUGUCGACCAGAGACCCGUACUGCGGUUGGUGUGUGCUGGAGGGACGGUGUGGCCAGCGCUGGGAAUGUCGGCGUGGAUCUGUACACGGUCACUGGCUCUGGAGCUUCAACCAAACCCAGCAAUGUCUCAGUAUUCAGCAGCUCAGCCUCUACAACAUCAGCCGAGGGGUGAAGACCGAGAUUACAGUGUCAGUAGAAGGCCUUCCCAGUCUCACCAAAGAAGAGGCUUAUUCCUGCUUUUUCCACAACACCGAGUCUCCAGCCGUCCUCACCAACAGUGGAGUGAUGUGUUCUACUCCUGAUGGGAACCGACUACCUCCCAUCAGACAUGGAGAUGACUAUGUGAUGGCCACCCUCUCCCUGCGCUUUCUCAAUGUGAUUGUAGCAGAGACCGAGUUCACCUUCUAUAACUGCAGCCUGGUUCAGCAGCUUUCAGGACGCAGGCCGUGCCAGGGCUGUGUGAGCAGUCGCUGGGGCUGUAACUGGUGCAUCCAACAGCACCUCUGCACCCACCAGCACUCUUGUGGACAGGGGCUUAUGAUCUACAACCAACAUUUCAACCCUCCUACACCAACCAUGCCACCUCCUACCAGUACACCGACCACAACGCCCACAACUACUACUACCACUACUACAACUACUACUGCUGCUACUACAGUUUUAAUGACCACUACAACAUCAACUAUGCCGCCUCCAAUUACUACGCAAACUAUAGAAGCAACAACGAUCAUGACCCCCGUGCCCCCAACAACCCAAAACGCCAACUUAACUUUUAUCACCACUAAUGAAAAGUUUAUGACCCAAGCUACAACAAGUGUCACCCCUACUUUCACCAACACAGAGGAAGAAGGCCAAGAAACCACAACUACACUAUUUGUAACAGAGGGCACUAAGGUAAAUGUGACCAGUGGGACUACAUUACCCAGCAGCACUAGCGGUCAUGAAGAGUUGAAGUUGCUAGAUCCCUCUGGAGAAAGUGUGGGGUCUUCUUCAUCUGGUAUUAACCCGACUACAUCUUCAGAAAUAAUAAUUUUGACAGAUUUUACAACUAUGGCGGAUAGUCAGGUGGAAGGUUUGGAGGUGUUGGAGGGAACGGAGGCUUGGGUGAAAGAGUGGGACAAAAGUGGAGAAGAGGAGAAGGAAGCACUCAUCUUUACAGCAUCAGAAGCUCCAAUGGAAGAAGACGAGGCUCAAGUUUAUGAACCACCUCUGCAAAGUGAGGCCAUAUCAGACAUGGCAGUGGGUUAUCAGGGGGAUUCUACAGAUGAGACAUAUCUGCGGGAGUGUCCUUGUGUGGAUAAGGUCCAGGACUCCUCUCUUCUGCCAGUGAAUGUGGAGAGAAAAAUCACUCUGGUGGGACAGCACCUACACUUGUUCCAGGAUGAGAGUCUGCAGUAUGAGUGUGUUCUAGAUGUAGAGAAUCACUCAGUGGUGGUGGAAGCGUCUGUGGAGCAGGACCAGAACCAGCCCACUGUCUUCUUUAUCACCUGUCACCCCCACCAGUAUGCCUAUUCAUCCCUGACGGAGGAGUACCAGGCAACUAUAAAUGUGAGACGAAAGAACCACUUUCUUAUCGACAGCUCUGAGAAUCUUCAUGUGACCCUAUUCAACUGCUCCGUGGGUCGCUCAGACUGCAGCCGCUGUCGGACAGCUGACCAUAAGUAUGGCUGUGUGUGGUGUGGGGGAGCGGUGCAAUCCAGAUGUGUGUACAGAGACUCCUGUUCAGAUGAAGUCAAGCACUCCUGCCCAGCACCUGUUAUUCACUUUGUGGACCCGGUGUCUGGCCCGGUCGAGGGGGGCACAGUGGUGACCAUCUCUGGCUCUAACUUGGGGCAGAGAGCCGAGGACAUCCAGAGUUCUGUGACUGUGGCUGGAGUUGCCUGUCACGUCAUCCACAGCAGAUACGAAGUGUCCUCCAGGAUUGUGUGUGAGACUUCGAGCAGCGGAGGAGAGAGAAGUGGCCAUGCUUCUGUCAAAGUGAGAGGCGGAGGAUUAGGCCUGUCGCAACAAAUCUUCAGCUUCCAGGACCCAGUGUUAAACAGCAUAUUCCCACAUAGAGGUCCCAAAGCCGGGGGUUCGUCUGUGACCAUUAGGGGCAGGCGGCUGCGGACAGGACAUACUAGUGAAGUCAGCGUCCUGAUCGGAGGAGAGCCCUGUCUGGUGUUGAAAAUCCUGGAUGAUGAGAUCCAGUGUGUGACCCGGGGCGGUAACAGAACAGGGGAGCACAGCAUCACUGUAAGAUUUGGAAAUGCAGAGCGACACCUGCAGGGCCUAGUCUAUCAUUACACCCCCAACCCCAACAUCACCAGUGCAGCUCCAUCCAAGAGCUUCUUCAGUGGUGGCAGGAUUAUCCGAGUGUCUGGUCAGAAUCUGGAUGUUGUCCAAGAGCCUAAAAUCCGGGUGACUCUGAGCCCCCCGGACACUCUCCCCCCGAGAAGGAGACGGAACGUGGUGCGGAAAAAGGACAGGAAACACCUCCAUAAGAAUUCGCUGAAAAGGUGGAGGAGGAUUGUCCCAGAGGCAGACUGUCCCGAGGGUGCUCUCUGUCAGGUCAAACAGUACGAGGCUCGCUGUACAGUCAACAGCUCGACCCUCAUCUUGUGUCCUACCCCAGAAGUGGGACCAGAGGCCAGAAGAGCGAAGGUCAAAGUUCACUUCCUUUUGGACAGCCUCCAUUUUGAUUUCAGCACUGUGGGGAACGAGGCCUUCAGCUAUGAGCCCAACCCCAGACUUUAUCCUCUCAACCACAACAACCCCAACAAGCCCUUCCACCACAAGCCAGGCAGCAUCAUCUCUGUGGAGGGAGAAAACCUGGACCUGGCCAUCUUCAAACAUGAGGUAGAGGCACGUAUUGGAGAGGGGACCUGUGCAGUGAAGACUCUGACCCACAACCAUCUGUACUGUGAGCCCCCAGCCCACCUGCCCUCCCUCACCUCUGGGAAGAAGCAGGACCUGGAGAGCCUGCCUGAAUUUACUGUGAGAAUGGGGAACCUGAACUUCUCGUUGGGCAGAGUACAGUACGAUAGCCAGGCCCAGUCCACAUUCCCUCUGGAGGCUCAGGUGGGGGUCGGAGUGGGGGCUUCUAUUGUGGCUCUCAUCGUGCUCAUGAUAGUGCUCAUAUACAGGAGGAAGAGUAAACAAGCAAUGAGAGACUACAAAAAGGUACAGAUCCAGCUGGAGAAUUUGGAAACUAGCGUGAGAGACCGCUGCAAGAAAGAAUUCACAGACCUCAUGACAGAGAUGAUGGACAUGUCUAGUGACCUGGUGGGCUCCGGGAUCCCUUUCUUGGAUUACAGAGCCUAUGCAGAGCGCAUUUUCUUUCCCGGCCACCAGGAGUCGCCUUUGAGACGAGACCUGGAUGUUCCUGAGAGCCGGAGACAGACCGUAGAGCAGGGUCUGGUCCAGCUCUCCAAUCUACUCAACAGUAAACUCUUCCUCACUAAGUUUAUCCACACGUUGGAGGUACAGAGGACUUUUUCCCCUCGGGACAGGGCCUAUGUGGCGUCUCUUCUCACUGUUGCUCUGCAUGGUAAACUGGAGUACUUCACAGACAUCCUCAAAACACUUCUCAAUGACCUGGUGGAGCAGUAUGUGGCCAAAAACCCCAAACUGAUGUUGCGGAGGACUGAAUCAGUGGUUGAAAAGCUUUUGACAAACUGGAUGUCAAUAUGUCUGUACACAUUUUUGAGGGAGUCAGCGGGGGAGUCCUUCUACAUGCUGUUCAGAGCCAUUAAACACCAGGUGGACAAGGGCCCAGUGGACGCUGUGACAGGGAAGGCCAAGUACACACUAAAUGACAACCGUCUGCUGAGGGAGGACGUGGAGUACCGCACUCUGACCCUGAAUGUAGUGGUGCCAGCGUCAGCGGGUGGAGGAGCUGCGUCUCAGACAGUACCAGCCAAAGUGCUGGACUGUGACACCAUCACCCAGGUGAAGGAGAAACUUCUGGAGCAGACCUGGAAGGGAACGUCGUUCUCUCAAAGACCACACAUAGACUCUGUGCUCCUUGAAUGGCGUGCAGGAGUAGCGGGUCACCUCAUCCUCUCAGAUGAGGAUUUAACCUCUGUGGUCCAGGGCUCAUGGAAGCGUCUCAAUACAUUACAGCACUACAAGGUUCCUGAUGGAGCAACAGUGGCUCUUGUCCCCAGAAAUGUCAAACACCAUCUCCACGACAGCCACGACUACAUGCCUGGAGAGAAGACCCCAAUGCUGGACGAUGGGGAGGAAGGUGGGGUGAGACUGUGGCACUUGGUGAAAGCCAGUGAGGACUCAGAGCUGCCCAAACACCGCAGAGGCAGCCUGAGGGAGAGAGGAGGGGAGAGGGCCAAGGCUAUCCCCGAAAUCUACCUCACCAGGCUACUCUCCAUGAAGGGCACACUGCAGAAGUUUGUGGAUGACUUGUUCACAGCUAUCCUGAGCACCAGUCGCCCUGUGCCUCUGGCUGUGAAGUACUUCUUUGACCUGCUGGACGAGCAGGCUCUACAGCACAACAUCACUGACCCAGAGACCAUCCACAUCUGGAAGACCAACAGUUUGCCUCUGCGGUUUUGGAUCAACAUUCUGAAGAACCCUCAGUUCAUCUUUGAUGUUCAGACUUCAGACCAUGUGGACGCUGUGCUGUCGGUUAUUGCACAGACCUUUAUGGACUCCUGCACCAUUGCUGACCAUAAACUAGGAAGGGACUCUCCCAUCAACAAGUUGCUGUACGCGAGAGACAUCCCUCGCUACAAGCAGAUGGUGGAGAGGUACUACGGAGACAUCAGACAGACCAUCUCAGCCAGUGACCAGGAGAUGAACUCUGCUCUGGCUGAACUUUCACGGAAUUACGCGGCAGAGGUCAACUGUCUGGUGGCUUUGAAUGAACUCUACAAGUACAUAAACAAAUACUAUGACCAGAUCAUUACGGCACUGGAGGACGACUCCACGGCUCAGAAGAUGCAGCUCGGAUACAGGCUCCAGCAAAUCGCAGCCGCUGUGGAAAACAAAGUGACUGACCUAUGACCUCCAAAACUCAAAAAAACACGCACCUUUACCCCCCUGAACUCUGGAAUUUCCCAACAACUAUUGACACUUGGAGGGAAUCAUCUUGGAAGGGUUGACAUAACUUCAGCACUGAGUUUUUGGCACCACGAAGAAGAAAGGGAACCACACUUUUUCUGUGACAUACUGAACAUUCCUGCACCAUUGAUACGCACUGUGUUUUUUGGUUAAAAUGGUGAAAAAGGGAAAAAAAAAAAAAAAAAAAAAAAAACAUUCUUGGUGACUGUUCACCUUUUGAGUCUUACAUGGAUUUAAACAACUCUACUCUUUUGGUCUUCUGUCUUCACCCUCCUGAGUCUUAACGUGUGUGCUGCUGUUUUAGUUUGUAAGGACGAUUUUUAAAGCUUCACAUCGUCAAAUCUUUUCACUGCUGAACUUUAACAUUUUCAUCUGGUCUACUUUUGUGAACUUGUGCGUUUUUGAUAAGCUUAACCUGAUCCGUCCUGGAUACUUCAAAGGGGCACUGUGAAUUUUACCAACAAUAUGAUAAUUGCAAACACUGGCAAACUGUUACUAUUGUAAUUUCAUUGGUGGUAACUUGUUAUAAUGUCUGUGCAAUCCCUCAGAUGUCCAGGUAUGAUCCAUAGCAAAGGAAAAAUUAAAUUUUGUCAACUGGACAAAAGUUUUACAGUGAAGACGUCUUUCCGCUCAUCCUAGCAUGCUCUAAUAAGUGUGAGAGCACCCACUGGGGGCCUGAACGAUUAUGCAAAAUAUAUGAAAGAUUCAGUCAAUAGGUUUUGUCAAUAUCACCCAGCCCUGUUCCAGACUGUAAUCUUCUAUAAUCUUAGAAAAAUAAUAAAAAUCUUUCUUGUUGCCAUACCAACUCAACACAACCCAUAUUUUUCAAGUCAAAAACAGAAACAAACUACCAAACUUUACCCCUGUCCAAUUGAAUGCACUGAAGUUCUGACCCAUGUAAACAGUGUUACUGCUUCUCCUGAUGUCUCCAAACCGAGGAACAUCAUCCAGAAGCCUCCAAAGACGCGCUGUGUCAAAGACGUAUGUUAUUUUUCUGAUUUAACUUAUUGUUUAUUUAUUUCAUUUGUUGUUGUUUAGGCUUUUCAGAAGUAGAAGCGAUACGUGGCUAUAUUUUUGUCCUCAAUCAUAUUGCAUUGGUGUCAUUUUGUAAAAGACGGAACAUUUUUACAAGCUAUUUAGUGUUGUGUGAACGUUCGCUGUGCACAGAUUAACACAUGAUGCUUGAAUCCUGGUACUAUUCAAAUGUCUGCUUUUAUUUUUUGUAUCUAUUUUUCCAGUAUACUUUGUAAUGUGCAAACUAACUUGUUAAAAAAAAGGUUAAUUCCUAAUCUUUGCCAUGAAAAGUAGAAUUGCUGGAGGCUAACAUCACUGCGGUUCAUGUAGAUACAAACUGACUUAGCCUUGCUAACCAAUAACCCUAACAACAACUUCAUAUGGCGCAAUAAACUUGUCU